UCCAGAAAGUCAUUCUUUCAAAGUGUAUAAGAUCAAAAAAUAAUGGCAAAUGGCGAACAAAUAGUGCCUGAAUUUCAUUCAAAAUGGAUCGCCACAGAUCAGAUCGAUGGAGUACUUGAGUAUUUAAAAGCAAUUGACUGGAGUCAAAGAUGGCUCAUUGCAUUGAUGAUCAUCCACGUCUUGAUAUUUCUCACCAUAGUUUUAAACCAAAACAGAACCAAUGUGUUGGUGGUCAUAUUUGCAAUACUCUUGGUGUCUGUAUUUUUCUCGGAAAAACUAAACUCUUUGGCUGCAGCGAAUUGGAAAUUAUUUGCAAGUGAACAGUAUUUCGACUCAUCUGGGUUAUUUAUAUCUGUUGUUUUUUCAACGCCAAUUUUAUUCAACAGCCUAAUUAUUAUUGUAAUAUGGUUGUGGGAUUCAUCCAAAAUGGUAUCCGUCGUUACAAAACAUCGACGUAAGCGCUACCAGCGUGCUCAACAAGCUGCAGAAAAAGAUGAGAAAGCCAAGUCAGUUGAUGAGCAAAAGAAAGAUAAGUAAUAUUAUUACACCAUAUGAACUUAGUUUGUGAACAGGGUGGAAAUUAACUCCAUAGAGGGUCUUAAAAAUUGUUUUCCGAUGCUGGAUAGUCAAGUCCUUUGAUCAAUUGAUUGUUUUAAACAACUUAUAAAUGUAGAAUGACGGUAUAUAUAUGCAUACAUUGUGUUACAUAUUUAUCAAAAAGACCACAUUACACUUGCAAUUUUUGCUUUAAUUAUAUGUGCAAUUUUCUCCUUUUGACUGAUGCAAUUGAGUGAAAACCUCGUGGAUAUUUACUUAGGGAAACCUAUACAUGAAUUACAUCAGAAUUAACAUUCACUAUACACAAACUAUUCACUCAUUUGCAUCUCUCAAGAGAAGCAAAUGCUGGAAAAAUGCUUCCACUGAUAAAAAAGGUUAAGAACUGAAUCUAAGACUGGAAACUCAGCCCUAUUGGAACUAAAUUUACAAAUAUGAACUACCAUUAUAUGAUUUCAAAUUGUUAUAUAUCUAUUUAAUCCUGGAUUUUUAACAACUUUGAGAAAAGGGAAACUUUAAUCUUUAACUCUGGUAAGCUAAUUCAGAAAUUGUUUAAAACUUGGAAAUGAAACAUAAUUGUAUAUAAAUGUUGGUGAAAACUGGGGUAGUGUUAUUCAUAACUGAUUCAACUAGUGCUUAUGUAAAACAAAACAAAUUCAAAACUAAGCAAUUCAUUGAAAACUAAGAAAGUUUCAGGGACCGCGGAGCGUUUUUCGUAUUGCUGGGGCUUGGAACCGUGCGCCUGCUAGGAGAGUUCGGGAAAAAAAUCGGUCUCUGAAAUCGCCUCAAAUGCCUCUCAAUUUAAGGAUUAUUGGGAAAUAAUAGAUGGUAUGUAAAGUUUCCAGCAUGUUUGG